CUUUUCGCCAGCGCGCGCGUGCAGUUCAUUCUUGUCAUUUUCAAAGAGACUUUCGCUCUACUGAUAUUCAUCCCUCCAUCUCGCUUUUGGAGCACUCCUAAUUUAAUUCUUUGGGAUCACACGCCACCUUCCCCGCCCACUACCCGCGCCUCCAUCAUCACGCUACGCUACGCUACGUGAUCCUCAGGAGCUGGAACCCGUCGCAAGAACCGUGCUCUUCGGAGGCUCAGUCUUAGACUCAGACUCAGGCUUGACGGACCCUGGUCUCGAAGGACCCCUCCACCUGACUGCACUCAAUCUCGUCUGCUGGUGCUGGGCUAUCUGCUUUGUCCCGCCCGCCCCUCCAUCAAUCUCGUGCUAUCGUCAACAUCCAACUUUGUUUUCCGCCUUUUCACUUGGUCGGCGCAACGCAUUCCUCGGGCUCGCAACUGACUCUUGCUUGAUUUCGCCUCGUUUUUAUUGCUUCUAAUCGCUUGUUGAGCUUAUGCUGCCCAAGUCGUGCCCAAGCAACACCCAACGCAACCUUAGGCCAGCUAGUCUUUUGCGCCUGUCAUAUCAGCAACCUCGUCCAGACCAUACAGAGCUCUGAAAAAAGCACUGCCCCCGAUUUUAUUUUUGCUUUGAGUGCCUCAAAACCAUCCCUCGGCCGAAUCAUUUCGUCCCCUGGCCCUUGCGCCCCUCCACUCUGCUUCUUGGAAGCCAGCAGUUCUGCAGUCUCUUCAGGACGUUGAAUCUGCGUUGUCUCCCGUUAAAUACCGACCGUCUCUCAGAACUGCACCGUUGUGCAGGUUUACUUCUCUUCUCUGCACAGCGAAACCCAACUUAUUAACCAUUGACACUCGAGUGUCUUCUGAGCAGCCAUGGUUUCCUUUUCAUGUGAGGUACGUUAUUCUGUGAAGUGCAUUCUCUGCAUUGUUUGCACUCCAAUCCGCCAAGUCUCGAUUUCUUAUCCAUUCCCAUGGAUAGUUAUGCUGCUAUCCAAAGACUUCCGCCGCUCAAGCCAUAUUCAUAUCCUAUCCCCCUCCGUUUCCAUAUCUCAAACAAAUGCCCCUUCACUCCCGUCAAUGCCAGCCCCAAUGCCAAUACCAAUGCCCACCCCCCUAAACAAACCUCAUACACGCCUGACAUCACUCCCACCACACCAUUCUUGUCACGAACUGCCUCCUUCAAGGGACACCCCUUCUUCCCCAUGCCGAUCUCCUGGCCCACCACAACCGUCUUGCCAUGCUCUCGCCUCCCCUUGUAUUCCUCAAAUAUCCCAGUACACCACCCCGCCGCAUCGAACGAGUCUCCAUUGUCUUGCAUCCCACUUAUACCCUUCAUGCCGUAGUUUAUAUCAGCUCCGUCCUUUGUUAUACUAACUUACAUACUACGUACAGGCCUGCGGCGACGUUCUCACCAAGAAGAAGCUUGACCCUCAUCGCAACCGCUGUCGCGGCGCUACCUUCACCUGCAUUGAUUGUAUGGUGUAUUUCCCUGGCGUCCAAUACCGAUCACAUACCAGUUGCAUGACCGAAGAUCAGAAGUACCAAGGUGCACUCUAUAAGGACAAGAAGAACAAGAAACAGAAACACAGUCACCCCAACGAUAACCAGCAACACUACACCCAGGACCAAGCCAUGGCUGAAGUUCAAACUCUCCCCAACAACACUGGCAACAUGAGCCACUACGCCUACGUUGAGGACGUCCCUGAGGAUCAGUUCGGCUGGGCCGAGUACGAAGAAAGCAGCGAUGAUGAAUCGCCAAACGGCCCGCCCCCGGAGGCUCCUACGCCUCCUUCUGCUGCCCCGGAGCCACAUGUCGAUGUAUUUGAAUUCCUCGUUGGAACCGGCCAAACGCCCAAUGCUUCCAACAUGAAUCUCGACGCGGAGCCAGGCAACUCAUUGGUACCAUACGAACCCAAGGACAAGAGCGACGAAUACGGCUUCAUGGAUGACGACGAAGAACCUGCAGUCGAAUAUGGAAGUGGCCCCGUGCCAGCCGCCGAAUUUGUUACACCCGCUUCGAAAUCUGAGAGACGUAAAAGCCGGACCAGCACUGAGAAGAAGGACAAGAAGCGCAAGCGAUUACAUAUCGAUGUUCCUAGCGACCAGGUUAUGACGGAUGCCCCACCGGUUCUUCACUCAGGACUCACAGGCGGCAUCAACCGUAUGAUGCGCCCUGUAUUCCCCCCAUCCCCCGAUUACUCCGGCGGUGACGCUCCGGAAAUCUCUCCCGCGAGUCCUUUGAAGAAGUCAAAGCACUCCAAACAUUCUAAGCACUCUAAGCACGCCUCUGCUGGUCACAGCCUCUUUGGCAUGAUUGCUGGCAGCAAGCCCAAGUCCAAGUCCAAGACGAAGACCAAGUCAUCAAACAAAACCAAGAAGAGCUCUUCCUCUUCCAAGAAGUCCCAUAAAGAGAAGAAGCCUCAGCAGCUCAUCGAGUAUCGCCCUCAGAGCAAAGAUGGCAAAACAGACCCCAGCGCUGGACAAGUCGUCCUCUACAAGCCUCGAGCCGAUGUCUUCCUCAGCUUCGUCGACAAGGGUCCUGAGAGUGAGAAGGGCGUCAGCUUAAACAGGGUUCUCAAGCGUUUCCACCGAGAACGUGAGGCUACUGGCAGCGAGCUGGGUAAGGGCAAGGAAGAGAAAGAACUCUGGAGAUCCCUCCGACUUCGACAGAAUGAACAAGGAGAGAUCGUCUUGUUCUCUGUUGAGUGAGAAUCCAACUUGAAAUCCAAACAACAAAAAAACCAAAUAAAAGUAACAAAAAGAACAGCAUUGGAAGAUCAUGCCGAAAAUCGGACAGACACCGGAUAUGGGAUUAAAGGAGUUUAUGAGGAUGAUGCAUUGAACCAACGUUUUUUCCACGAUACCUUUAUGGACAAGCUUUUAUUUUGUGUACAAGUUUUCGGGAACAGGUGGGAUCGGAGGGGUUCAGCUGGCUCGUCAGGUGUGUAUCUGGCGGUUGCGAGUAUUGGGGCCCCUGGAUCUCCAUCAGUAAUUGUGUAUAGUAUGUAUACAAGGGAACGGACGGACAUCUCUCGCUGGAUGCAAGGAUGGACCAUUUUUCUUGGUGUCGAGAUUUAUUCUUUCUCAAGACUAUGCUUUGGGAAACCGAAUGGCAGAUAAUGGGCGGCUGGUGCAUCGGACGGACUGGAAUGGGCUGGAAUGGAUACCAUGAAAGGAUUGGAGCGUUUUUUUAUAGCGGCAUGAGCCUGCUCUGAUGAUACCCAUGGGCGCUGAGCCUCGGUAUCUCUUUGUUUUGUUUUUAACAUCUCGCAUCGAGGAUGUGAUUGAGCAUAUUAAUAUUUGUUCAUCUGAAUUGGAUAUCUUUGCAAAUCAAAUCUAAAUAAGUUAUUACAUCACACGCAGUGGUAAAAUAUGUUGAGCCAUGGCUUCACGACGACAUAAUGGGCAUUCGGGCUUUUCUCUCACCCAAUCUCCGAUACACUCCCAACAGAAGACAUGACCGCAUUGUGUUGCUGAGGGAUCUCUCAUCUCCUCCAAGCACAGUGUACACUUUCUUUGUUGUCCGCCCUUGAUGUAGCCCAUGGCCUUGUCAUCUGUUAAUUGAACACGCGGCACAGCUGCUGCUGGGGUGUGUGUGGCAGCGAAGAUGUCGACCUUGGCCUUGGAGCUUGAAGCACCUGUGGAUAGUAAUAGAUUGUUAUCGCCGUUGUAGGCCCCGUCAUGGUUUAGAGAGAUAUCAUCAGAAGCCCCAAAGGCAGCGCGUUCGCGAGCUGCUGACUCGGUAAUUGUAGAUCGAAUAUGGGUAUAGCCCUGAACCGCAAGUUGAAUGACCAGCAGUACACCUAGGAGUUCGUAUCCUGCACGAUCGGGUGUAUCGGGUACGGUACGUGUGAAUACGUAUCGCAGGGAAAGAAGUCUCUUGGACAGCUGGUAAUAGGUACCACUGAAGUAGAAAAGGGCUAGAAUAACGGCCUUGAAAGGAGCGCCUGAUGUGAAAGAACCCAGGUGUUGGUCUAGAUAUGACCAUAUGCGCGCCUCGCGUCCUGUUGCCGAACCGUCAUCUCGUUUGCGAAGGCUCUCCAACCGGCGUUGCAGAAGCUUGCGCAGCCGAGCGCGUAGUCCGGGGAGAAUCCGGGCCGCGAUAUAGGGGAGGAGAAUGCUGGCAGCUACGUAGCCUGCGCGACGACCAAUAGCGGGAAGUUGACCAUCACGCGCAUCUAUCUGCACAAGAUCGCAGUACUCCUCGCCGAGAGUUCGAUUGCCGGGGAUUGUAGUGAGAGCAAAGUAGGCGAGUGUUCCGAGGGUCUGGAUCUCGGGUGCGCGGGCGUGUGUGAGACGGGCACCGCGAAGGCGACGAUGCAGGUCGCUGAGGAUCUGUGUAAGGUGGCCGGUGAAGUAUGCAUCCUUUUGGUGAGAGCGGAUGAUGUCGGGGGCGGUGGCAAAGGGAUAUGGUGAUGACGAUGCUGAAGAAGAGGACAUGAUGUUUUGUGAUCGGCAAAAGAGAGCGCGCAUGCGCAUGCACGGGGUGUUACGAAUGGGAGGAUCGAACGUGGUCUGAUUAUUUGGGCAGUAUGAAGGCGAAACGAAUGAAGACCAAAGUCGAGGAUUAGUAGAGACCGGAAACACGAAUUGGCGAAGAUAAGGAAGAUGAUUAAAUAAAUUGGCGGUUGGAGUUUAAGCAAAACGAACCUC